AUGAAGACAACCGUUCAUUGCGAUUACAUGAUGAAUCUUCGCAAGAAUCAUCGUUCAACAAAUGAAAUUCCUUCGUCAUUUAUUUUCUCAUCCAUCUCUGAGUUAUUUUUCGGUGGAAGGCAUGCUGCAAACGACAUAUUUUACUUGUUAUUAUUAUGUUUUUACGCGUUUCACAGCAAUAGCAGCCCCAUCAUGCAUAAACAUAAAUAUUCACUCCACCAAACUGAACUGGAAAGCGUAGAUCUAGAGUUAAACAGCACAAGAUAUCGGAGUCGAAUUAUAAAUAUAAAAAUAACACAAGAACUUUGUGAUGGACUUAAAAGUAGUGAUUUUCUGGUCGAAGAAAAAUAUAAAAUAAAAGAAAAAGAAGAUAAAAAAAGGCCCCAAGAGAAGAAGUUUGUUGAAGAAGCAUAUGAAGAGAGAUAG